AUGUUUCAACGGCCAGCUUGUCUACAGGGCCGGCGACAACGCCAUGGAUCCAGUGAAGAUUGGUCCAAAUUUCCCAUUCAACAAUUAUUCGUCUUAGCACUGGUCCGAAUUUGUGAACCCAUUGCUUUCAUGUCCAUUUUCCCAUAUGUGUAUCACAUGGUGGAAUCAUUCCAUGUGACGGACAACGACCAGAAGAUUGCACUCUACGCCGGAAUGAUCACCUCUUCUUUCACCUUCGCCGAAUUCUCCGCUGGCAUGUUCUGGGGCCGGAUGAGCGACCGCAUCGGCCGGAAGCCUGUGCUCAUCAUGGGGUUGGUGGGAACGGCCAUCAGCAUGGGGGGUCUGCUGAACGGCAAUAUUGGUGUACUUCAGACAACUGUGGCGGAGAUCGUCACGGUCAAGGAGCAUCAGCCUCGAGCCUAUUCUAUCAUGCCCUUUGUCUGGUGUAUCGGUUCGAUCGUUGGGCCGGCUAUGGGCGGUGCCCUGGCCCAACCUUGCGAGAACUAUCCGUGGCUCUUUGCGCGAGAGACCUUCUUUGACCGAUUUCCAUUCCUGCUGCCCAAUCUGGUUUGCAUUAUCGUCCUGAUCUGCGGCAUCGUUGUCGGUACCCUGUUUCUGGAAGAGACCCACCCGGAGAAGAAGCACCGUCGUGACCCUGGCGUGGAGUUAGGCCACUGGCUCGUCAACCAAUGCUGGGGCUCGCGCGUGCAACUCCCCGAGGAUUCCGACGUGGUCGAAGAGACCAAGUACUUCGUCUACGGGGAUAUGCCACCCGAGUACGAGAGUGCCGAAUCAUCGCCUUGCCUGCGCCCUGUGAAGGACGCCUCAACAACCUCCGAGUGUGACCUCGAGGGUCAGAAAUCCGCCGCUCCCAAGGCGUUCACCCGACAAGUCAUCAUCACCAUCGCUGCUUACGGCAUUCUGGCAUACCACAGCGUCUCCUUCGAUCAGCUGAUGCCAGUCUUCCUGAGCACACCCAAAUCCGACGACCGCGUUGUUUUGCCCUUUGAGUUCACUGGUGGUCUCGGGCUUCCCACGAAGACCAUUGGUCUGAUGUUAGCCGUGCAGGGUGUCUACUCCAUGAUUGCCCAACUAUGGCUGUUUCCAUUCGUUGUCAAGCACUUUGGCACUGUGCGCACGUUCCGUUUCGUGCUGCUUGUCUGGCCGCCGCUCUAUUUGGCCGUACCCUAUCUUAUUCUCCUGCCGGCUAAAUUGCAGAUGCCAGCCGUCUACGUCGCCCUGAUCAGCAAGAUCACCUUCCAUGUCAUCGCCUUCCCCGCCAUCAACAUCAUCCUUGCUAAUGCCGCCCCCACGUCGAAGGUCCUGGGAUCUAUCAAUGGUGCUGCUGCUUCCACUGCUAGUCUCAGUCGUGCCUUUGGUCCGACAAUAACCGGUCUUCUGCACUCCAAGGGGCUUGAGAGCGGGCACUCCGUGCUGGCAUGGUGGGCCUGCGGUCUCGUCUGCUUGAUUGGUGCCUUCCAGAGCUUUUGGAUGGAGGAGUCCUCAGAGCCUGAGCGGUUCAAGGACCAGCCUGAAGUGAGUGAGGCGCAGAUGAAGCGAGAAGCUCUCUCGGAGCCUUUCACCCCGCGCACUUCUAUCUCCACGAUCUCGGAAGAGGAGCAGCGACUGCUUUCUCUACGUUCCAGCAUUGACCACGACUACGACGUUUCAAAUCUGAAUUUGACCAUGCCUACUUCCGAUGAGGAUAUGACGUCAGUUCCUCGCACUUAA